CCCUAAUGAAGAUGGCGGCGGCCGCCGAGAGCCAACCGCCCCCACCGCAGCCAGAGCCAGAGGCAGAGCCAGGGCCAGGCGGCAACCAGAGGAAGGUCUUCAUCUUCGACCGGCGCCUCGGCAACUCCUCGGAGAAGACGGAGGACGUCGGCGAGCAGUGCACUUACCAGGAGUUCAGGAGCUCCGUGUGCCGGCUUUUUGACAUUAAACCAGAAGAAACAUUUGUAAUUACAACAACUACUAGGAACGAAAUCAAAGAUAAAAAUUUCGACAAAAGCGUUCAGAAUGGCACAACUUUGUAUGUGCUUCACUCAGUGGACCAAAUGCUGCCAUCGGCAACAAGAGAACGAAUUGAAUUUCUUCCUCACUACGAUACAUUGGUUAAAAGUGGCAUGUAUGAAUACUAUGCCAGUGAGGGCCAAACUCCUUUACCAUUUGCCUUUGCAGAAUUGGUAGAUAAUUCUUUGUCCGCAACAGCGAAUACUAAAGGAGUUAGAAACAUACAGAUCAAGCUAUUAUUUGAUGAAUUGCAAGGUAAACCAGCAGUAGCUGUAAUUGAUAAUGGGAGAGGAAUGACAUCUAAACAGCUUAAUAACUGGGCAGUGUAUAGGCUUUCCAAGUUCACCAGAACUGAUGAAGACAUUGAAAGUGACCAUUCAGGGUAUGUUCGUCCACCUAUGGUGCCUCGAAGCCUCAAUAGUGACAUUUCCUACUUUGGUGUUGGUGGGAAGCAAGCAGUUUUCUUCAUUGGUCAAUCAACUAGGAUGAUAACCAAGCCUGUAGAUUCCCAAGAUGUGCAUGAAUUCAUACUUUCCAAGGAUGAUUUUGAAAUGAAGGAAAAAAACAAAGAAGCUAUAUACAGUGGCUUUAUCAGGAACCGAAAGGCAACUGAUUCAUUCCAUAUCACCAACGAUGAUGAACGAUUCCUUCAUGGCCUCAUUUUGGAAGAAAAAAAUAAGGAGAGCUUUACUGCAGUGAUUAUCACAGGUGUUCAGGUAGUCCAUAUACAGUAUCUGAAGAACUACUUUCAUCUCUGGACAAGACAGUUAGCCCACAUAUACCACUACUACAUUCAUGGACCUAAAGGAAAUGACAUGAGGGGUACAACAAAAGAAGUGGGAUCUUACAACAACAUCGAUAUAGAGAUCUCAAUGUUUGAAAAGGGAAAAGUUCCAAAGAUUGUGAAUCUAAGAGAAAUAAAAGACGACAUGCAAACUCGCUUCAUCAACACUGCUUCUGACAGCUUUGAGUUUAAAGCACACGUAGAAGGAGAAGGUGUUGUAGAAGGAAUAAUACGUUAUCAUCCUUUCCUCUAUGAUAAAGAAACUUAUCCAGAAGAUCUGAGCUGUCCAUUGAAUGUGAUGGAUGAUGAAGAUGAAGACUGCUUUUCUGUUGAUAAAGCUGCAAGAGGGAAAAGGCCAAUAUUUGAAUGUUUUUGGAAUGGAAGAUUAAUUCCGUACACCACAGUGGAAGACUUUGAGUUUUGUGCUCCUCCCAAAAAAAGAGGAUUGGUACCACUAGAAUGUUACAACAGGAUCUCGGGUAUACUUUUCACCAAUGAUAAAUUUCAGGUCAGCACCAACAAGUUGACGUUCAUGGAUCUAGAACUGAAGCUGAAGGAUAAGAACACUCUUUUCACACGUGUUGUGAAUGGCCAGGAGCAACGGAUGAAAAUAGACAGAGAAUUUGCUAUGUGGCUCAAAGAAUGCCAUGAAAAAUAUGACAAGCAAAUAAAGUUCAGUGGCUACAGAGGCACAAUUGUAAGGUCUGAUUUGCCAUCUAAAAGAAUGCAGGCUCCUUGGGCUGUAUAUGCAGCGAUUGAGUGGGAUGGAAAAACAUUCAAAACAGACCAGUUGGUUAAAACCAUUAAAACAGUGCCAAUAAUCUAUGGAAGCAUAGUUCGUUUUCUUCUUUACGGUGACCACGAAGGUGAUGUGUUUUCAACUGGAGGAGAAGUUCAGAUAGUUGUGGAACCCAAAGCCUUAUACGAUGAAAAGAAAACCAUUCCAAUUUCUAAACUGGAUAGAACUGCAGCUGUUUUUAUGAUCAAGAAAUACAUAGAAGAUGAAAUGGCAAGGCUCCCUGACAAACUGUCUGUAACUUGGCCAGAAGGAGAUGAACUUAAUACAAAUGAAACCAGACCAGCAGGGGUACCCAUAGGUGCAAUGAGGAUAGAAAUUUUAAAUAAAAGGGGUGACACUAUGCAAAAACUUCCAGGAACAGUCCAGGGUGGAUCUAAAAAGCUGCUGGUUGAACUGAAAGUCAUCUGGCACUCUUCCACCGGUGACAAGGAAAUAGUUUCUCACAUCAGUCAGCAUGGUGGUAAAUGGCCAUACUGGUUCAAAAAGAUGGAAAAUAUCAAUAAACUUGGAAACUAUAUGCUGAAACUGCAAGUGGUGUUGAAUGAAAGUAAUGCAGACAAAUAUGCAGAAAGGCCACUACCAAAUAGGAUUUUCAAAUUCACUGUCACAGAGGGCAAACCUGAUAAAUUUACAGUCGGAUUGCUGGAUCCUCCGUUUCGGAUUGGAGUUCCUUUCAACAUUCCUCUGGACUUGCAAGAUGAAUUUGGGCAUUCCACAAAAAUGUCUUUUGGUAUCAAGCCAAUUCUGGAGGCAAGUGGAUUGGAGCUGCGAAAUGAAGGCUUUAUGUCAAAAGGGUCCACCUACAUUAUUAAAGGUGCAACAGCCAAGGGCCAUGUGAACAAUUGCCAAGGCAAGAACUUUAGUCUUAAAGUAAUUUUGCCUGGAUUGAAAGAAGAUUCGCAAACAUUAAAAAUUAGGCUUUUGCCUGGGCCACCUCGUGAGCUCAGGGUACACCCUAGUUCUAGCAAAGUAGUCAUUGAAAAUGGCACAGUCUUUCCUUUCCAAAUUGAUGUGUUGGAUCAAGCAAAAAAUAUUACAGCACAGCCAAAGUUGGUGAUUCAUUGUAAGUUUCUGGGUGCACCAAACCUGCCUGUUUAUACAGUGGACUGCAGCAACACUGGUACAGGAAUCUUAACUGGCCCCGUGAUACACGUACAGAAUAUUAAGAAGGACCAAACAUUGAGAGCGAGGUUUGAGAUUCCGAGCUGUAAAGAUGUGUCACCAGUGGAGAAGAUAAUCAAAUUGCUUCCUAGCACUCAUGUAGCCAAACUCCAGAUCUUUGUCCAGGAUGGAGUGAAAGCUGUUCCCAUCAAACAUCAGGAGGAAAUCAACUGGAUUGCUGCUGACAUCAUUCACCAUCUUAUCUUUCGAAUGUAUGAUGAGGGUGACCGGAAAAUUGUAAUAACUACAGCACUGGCUGAGAAAAUCAAGGUCAACUGGACACCACGGAUAAAUAAAGAACAUUUGAUUCAAGGAUUAUUGCCUGACGUAAAAGUGCCAAGCUCUGUUAAGGAUGUACGAUACUGUCAAGUCUCAUAUCAAGAUGAUCAUGUUUCACUGGAAAGUGCCUUUACAGUCAGACCACAGCCAGAUGAUCCCAAGCUUCUGAAAUGUACCUUGAAAGGAUUAAGUACUGUGCAGAUGGGUGAACAAUUACAAGGAGUAAUAUAUGCAAUAGUCACUGAUCGCCAUGGAAAUCAGAUUCAGUCACUGAACUCCUCCUGUAUAAAUGUAUUGGGAAUAGCUGGAGAUGGACUUGACAAAUCUAAACUGAAUGUUACUUGGCAGGAAAGUAACCAAUCCAUGGUUAUUCGAGGAAUAAUGUUUUCACCUGGAAUCACUGGUCAAAAAGAACUUUGCUUUGCUUGGCGUGACUUUGUGGAUUAUGUAAGAAUUCAUCUGACUGCAGGACCCCCAACCCAAAUUACUGUCCUGGAAUGGGAAGAUGUAGAAGAGCCUGUCACUGUUAUAAAUGGUAAGGCUCUUGAUCAGGUUCUUGUGGCACAGCUUUGUGAUACGUGGGGGAAUCCUUCUCCUGAACCACUUAUUAAAGUUGUCCUGAUAAAGGACUCCGGCUUAAAGCUCUUGCCAUCGCCACAACAACAAAAGACUGAUGAAAAUGGUAGAGUGAACUUUGGCACAUUUCAGAUCUUUGCAGCAAGGGGAGAAUACACAUUGCAAGUUAAAGCCUUCAUUAAUAAAAGUACAUUGGAUGGUCCGGUAUUCAGAUUGAAUAUAGUACCAGAUCCUGAGAAACCUGUCAGCUUGCUUGUAGACUACGACAAAAAUGCAACUUUUGUUGCUGGUGGAAUUUUAACAGAAUUUGUGGUUAGUGUUGUUUCUGAAGAUGAUACUGUCAUGAGGACCAUCAGUCCAGCAGGACUUACCAUGAGAAUGUGGAGGGGACAGAGCUCCACUCAAAGACCUCCUGCCAAUGCCACUGUUCUGAACCGCAGCAAGAGCCGGGAGAGUGACAAAGAGGACUGCGUUUAUUUCAGGGAAAAAAUCAUUCCAGAACGGACAGGCUUGUACUCCAUUCAGUUUACAUACUCACAAGAGAAGUUACUCUACAGUCAGCAGAUUGUUUUCAGUGUGAUACCAGGUGAACCAGUGAAAUUAAUGCCAGAGGCACAGCCAGCCACUCCUGUGGUUUCAAAUGUCCGCAGUGUCACCAAUCGUACUUUGGUUAAGAAUUUGUGCCUAAAGAUCAUGGAUGCAUAUAACAAUGCGGCUGGUGAGAAUCUUGAUGGCAAGGUGUUAGCUACAAUUAAAAAUGCCAGUGAAGAUGAUGGUGAGAUUCCUCAGUUUCAGGGAAAAGUCAACUUUCUGGAGUUUGAACUCAAGCAAGGUUCUUCUUCUGUUUCAAAUAUGGUGCUGGCAGAAAAUAGUCCUGGCAGAGAUAGUGGUGAAUAUAUUCUGGUAUUUGAACCAAUUGUUUCAACAAAAGCCAAGAAGUACUCUUUGCCACCAUACAUUUUACCUUUUAUGUUUUACAACGAUUUUAAGAAACAACAGCAGAUGGCAACCUUGACCAAAGAAAAGGACCAGCUAUCUCAGUCCAUUGUUGCAUACAGGAGUUUGUUUGAUACGACCAACCAACUCAUCAGUGAGAUGAAAUGUCAAGCACAAGAGGCUGAAGAAAAGGAAUUUCACCUAAGAAAUGAACUUCAAAAACAGAAGGUCAAGUUUUCAGAGAUCAACACUCUCCAAGGUAUUGACGCAGUUCUGAAACUGAUGAUGGAGGACCGAGAGGUGAUGAUUAAAAAUCCCAGAAGAACAUGUUCUCUCCCUAAUUAUCCAAGGGGUAAUCAUGACAUUUUAGGCAAGAUUGCACACUUAACAAUGAUAAAGGAUGACGAAGUAGCCAAAGUUAUCUCUUGGCACAUGGCUAGUGACAUGGAUUGUGUGAUUACUCAUACCACUAGUACUGCACGACGUAUUUUCGAUGAAAGCCAAGGGCGCCAACAAGUAAUGCCCCUUGAUUCGAUAUACAGAAAAAAUCUUCCAGACUGGAACAGGCCUUUACCUCAUAUGAGAAAUGGAAAAUGCCAUUUCAACCCCUCCGGAAAUCCUAUAUUUGCUCGGGACCUACUUAUUUUUUCAGAAAACAUAGAUCACUGUCAAAUAGUAUUCGGGCUGCUUCUCGGAGAUACAAUUAUUCUGGACAACUUAAAUGCUGCUAAUCAGUAUCGAAAAGAGGUUGUGAAAAUCACACACUGCCCUACCUUGCUAACUAGAGAAGGAGACCGAAUCCGAAGCAAUGGGAAGUUUGGAGGCCUUCAAAACAAAGCUCCUCCAAUGGAAAAACUCAGAGGAAUGGUGUUCGGCGCUCCUCUCCCAGAGGCAUACCAUUCAUUGAAUUCACAAAUAGAACUUAUCCAACAGUAUCACUCUGCUAUGAUCAAGCUUACUAAUGUCAAAGAAGAACUAGAGCUACAACUUAAGUACAUUAGUUCACCAGAAAUGAACCUAAAGCACAAGGAACUGAAUGACCAAGAGAAUCAGCUCAAACAAAUUGAGCAGAAAAUAGGUAUGACUCCAACUGGACCACCUUCUGCACCCAAAGCAACAGCUCUGGAUUUAUCUGAAGGGCAGACACCAAGCAAAAGGAUGAGAAGAGAAAGUGCAAAGAAAACAUAUAGCUCAGAGGAAUGGGUUUCAGCACCUUUGAGGAAAACACAGCUCUAUUCAGAAUCUGGAUCAGAAACAAAUGGAAGUUCAUCAUCAUUAUCAAGGAAAAGAAAGGCUUAAAGCAAACAAGACAAGUUUUUAUACGGAUGGAAGUCAUAAGCAAUAGAAAUGCUUUUCAGCUGAAAUAAUGUAUAUAGUUUGAGUUUCAGAGAAAAUUGGGCAAUGUACGAAUGUUCUACAGAGAUUUUUAUCCGACAGUCAUAUUAAAGAAAUCUGUCAGCAGA